GGUGGAGGAGGUUGACGCCGCCACUUGGACAUCGGCGUUAGAGCGGCGUGGGCCUCGCGGAUUUUCGUCGGGAUUCCUUCGCUCCCUGGGACUUUUCCUCUCUCUCGCCUACUUCACCCGCCCGCCCGCCCGCUCUCAAGGGAAUACACCUCUGCCGCUCUCACGAGGCUUCUUGCUGUGCCAGCGGAAGUGUCGGGACGCCACAAGCGAGUUCAGUGUAGACAGAGUUUCGCCGGCGCUAUUCGUGACAUCACUGCGAGCGGCCCCUCCGGACGGAUGGCGCCACCGCCGCCACCGUCCUGACUUUUCCACGAGCCCGCGUCUCUUCCGGGGCCACGCCGCUGAACUGACGAUGGUGGCGGCAGUGCUGACGGCGACAUCGACGAGCCUGGGACCGAUAUGGCGAGCGCGGGGCAGGGAGUGACGGCGCGUGGGAACGGCAGCAGGGACGGGCCAGCUGCGGCGGGGACCGGGCGCGCCAUGAACGGGGUGGAGGGGCCACAGAUCGACCGCUUCGGCUUCAUUGUCGAGGGCUCCGAUGGCAGCACAGGGGCGCUCGCAAUGCCCGUGGACGUGCUGCGGCAGAGGGAGCUGAAGUGGCUGGAGAUGCUGCGCUACUGGGACAAGUGGAUCACCAAGGGCUACAAGAAGGUAAAGCUGCGGUGCCGGAAGGGCAUCCCCCCGUCCUUGCGGGCCCGUGCCUGGGAGCAUCUAUCCGGCAGCAAGUACAUCAUGGAGCAGAUGCCCGGCAAGUUUGAGGAAUUGGAUAAGCUACCUGGGGACCCCAAGUGGCUGGAGGUCAUCCAGAAGGACCUGCACCGACAGUUCCCCUUCCACGAGCUCUUCCGUGCCAAGGGAGGCCAGGGGCAACAGGACCUGUUCCGCGUGCUCAAGGCCUACACCGUCUACCGCCCAGAGGAGGGGUACUGCCAGGGACAGGCCCCGGUCGCCGCCGUGCUGCUCAUGCACAUGCCGGCCGAGGAAGCAUUCUGGUGCUUUGUGCAGAUCUGCGAGAAAUACCUUCCGGGUUACUACAGUGCUGGGCUGGAGUCGCUGCAGCUGGACGGCGAGAUCCUCUUUGCGCUGCUGCGGAAGGUGUCGCUCAUUGGCUACCGCCACCUGAAAUGGCACAGCGUGGACCCCGUGCUCUACAUGACAGAGUGGUUCAUGUGCGUCUUCUCGCGCACACUGCCCUGGGACUCGGUGCUGCGCGUCUGGGACAUGUUCUUCUGCGAAGGCGUCAAGACGAUGUUCCGCGUGGGGCUGGUACUGCUGCGCCACGCGCUCGGCAGCUCGGAGAGGGUGCGCAUGUGCCCGGGCCUCUACGAGACCAUGGAGCAGUUGAAGAACAUCCCUCAUGAGCAGCUGCACGAGGAGUACCUCGUGCGAGCGAUCCUGGAGCUGGACAUCUCGGAGAUGGACAUCGAGAAGGAGCACGCGGUGCAGCUGCAGCGCUGGAUCGAGUCGCGCGGGGAGCCGAGCCACUCGUCGACGCACCGCCUGCACGGGGCUCGCGCCGUCCGCCAGGAGCUGGAGUUCCAGCGCGAGGCACUGCGCCUGGCGCGGCGCGCCCACCACAAGGAGACGACGGGCUACUCGCCGCCUCCCUCGCCGACGCCGAGCAUCACCAGCACGCUCAGCACGCUCAGCACCAUGAGCACCAUGAGCCAGAGGCGUGGCAAGAUAUCCAUGUUCCGGGAGAAAGAGCUCCAGCGCAUCCUGCGGAACAGAGACAAGGAGAACGAGAAGGAGAGGAAGCGGAUGGAAAAGGAGGAAGAGAAAGAGCGAGCCCGGUGGAGAGAGCAGGAGAGGCAGAGGGCAAAGGAGCUAGAAAAGCAGACGGCCAAGCAAAAGGAGCUGGACAGGCAGAGAGCGAAGGAGCUGGAACAAGAGCAAGUGAGAGAGAGGGAAAUGGCAAAGAAAAUCCCCAAAGGCAAGGAAGUGGAGGGCAUGAAACAGAAAGGUAAGGAAAAGGAGGAAAAAUCCAAAGACACACCUUCGGCUGAUCACAUCGACAUCCCCAAAAUCAAGGUGACAGUACCCGAAACGAGCAGCCCAUCAAGCGUGCAGCAAGAGCAGCAACGACGGUCGUCCUCGCCAAUUGUCCAAGACAAAAGCCCACGCACCCCGGAACCCAAAGUGGCGUCUCCGUCAACAAGCAAAGACAAAGUGAAGUUACCCAGCGGGGGCAUCCGCAUUCCGCAAAUCACACUCUCGCCCGUCAAGGACAAUAAAAAACCACCCCUCAGCCCGGCAUCUGCCAAACUACGCGCGGCAGCAAUGCCAACGUCGCCAGGUGCUAGGCCUGGCUCCUCACGGGACAUCUCUCCAGCAACCUCGCAGAAACCUGCUCAUCCGGACCCCAACAUCCCCGAGCCAGAGCCCAGCUCAGUGGUGCAGAGCACAGGACGUAUUUCCUGUGCGAUGGAGGAGACCUACCUCUGACUGCGCUUCACGGAACCCGAGUCCAGUUGUCACAUUUUAAACAGUGAAAUACACACAAUGAGUAGCUGCCGAAAUUGGAGGUGAACACAAAAGGAAUAAGGAUUAUGCUUUUGUGGAGAGACGGAGGUUUGGCGUCGGCUUGAGUCAAAAUAUGUUCUGAUCAAAUUAGUUGUGCAAGGGACUGACAGUAUUAGCAGUCGUGAAGAGCUUUGGCUAGUGUGGACAUGGUUCCGUCUUGCUGCUUUGAGAUACUGAAGGGCGAGUAGUUUUGUGCAAGUUUUUUUUUUUAUUCAGUGGUUUUUAUUGUAAAGGUCUAUUUUACGUCUUCUGAGGUUUGCACAUGUGACUUUAGGUCAUCCUACUGAUCCUAGACGGUAACGUUAUUAAAUGUGCGUAGCCAAGGGUUUUUUUUUUUACUUUUUAUUUUUUAAUAAUAAAACCAAGUUAUACCCAACAUUUAGAUUUGAAAUGUGUUGCAUAAGCUUUUGCCAUAAACAUAGGUUACCGUUUCUGUUUACAAACUAAAGUAAUCAUUCAGAAUAUGCUUGCAACAUCUAAGGAUAGCAAAAUCCACCCAGGAUGAUGUAGAUACCCACCCCGUCUGUGUGCCAGUUCACGACCUUGCAUUCAGCCUAUUGCUCAUCUUCCAGCGAGGGUUGUCAAGCCUGCACGUGGGAGAUGACACCUAAUUUUCCAGUGCAAUUGUUUUUGACUUGUGAUUACCAGAUUUGAGCAUUCUUCAUAGCACGUGUAAUUUCUCACCAGUGUGGAGUACUAGCAUUGGUUUCUACUGUUUUCAGUGGUGUACAAUUUUUAUAAGGCCAGACUUUUUAAGUAUUGUUUGCCAUGGUUCUAGUUACAUUGGCACUUGUCAAAUACUGUCUUGAAUGUAACUAUGUUGGCACUAUUGUUUAUUUAAUCUUUCUGAUGGGAGAUAAAAUUUGAUUUGAAAUAAUUAAUAGAAUUGUUUAUUUACAAAGAACAAAUAUUUAAUGUUUUGGACACUAAUGCAGCUUUGUGUCAUGCUGAAAGGCCCAAAUCUCAUGUAUAUUGUGUACUGUAUAUGAAAGUUACACAAACUGUAGACUAUAUAUAGUAUUGCAGGUAAAUAAGGGCCUAAUUUCCAUCUCUGAAGAGACCCCUCCAUCUGGUGUUGGACCCAGCAGUGGAGUGGAGAAAAUGGGAGCUCACCCAGUCCUUGUAGUUAAGGCCUCUUAAGUUGGGAAUUGGUUCCAAUGCCCAUUUGACUGGAAGUAAAACUAAAUAUUGAAACAUUUCAUAUCCUUUGCAUUACUGGCUUUGUAGGGAAAAUGUUAGCCAGUUGUAAUUAGUAUUAAAAAGGGACCAGCAUUCACUUGUAAAUGCACUGGACUGGUUAGAAUGAGAUUAUUUAAUGUGUGCAUACCACAAUGGAUCUGAACCCUUUAAUUAAAGAAAACAAUAAGAAUGUUGUUGCCGUUU